AGUUUUAUCGGAAACUCUAUUACGGAUUUAAGGAGGAGUCGGAAAUUAGGAAAAUAUACUCAUCUGGACAAACACUGGAACGGCUAAAAACAGGAAACUUCCAUUCUCAAACCCCUUUCCUAAAACUAUUUAAACUCUUCUUAUAAAUUGAAAUUCAUACACCCAUAUCUUUCUCCAUUACUUGUAUGAUCUUGCAUUCUUGUUUUUCAUCUUAUUUACUUGUUCUCUGCUCAAGAAAUCAAAGUUUUAAUUUAAUAGUUCGUGCAUUCUUUGCAUCUUCUUUCGUAAUCAGUCUUCUGUGCAUUCCUUGUUCAAUCAACAAUGGCGAUGAUAAGGGAUUUGGAUUGGGAUCCAUCUAAAGAUCCAGUGGUAAACCCUCGUACAAGAAUUCCAUGUACAAGCUGUAUAGGCCCUCCAACUCCAAGAGUGCCCUAUGCUUUUGCUGUUCUGUCUCAAACUUAUUACUACCCUGCAAAGACAUUGAGUAUAUCAUCCAUUGAAGAGGGGUGGAAUUCCAAAGAUCUUAAAGGAUGGAAAGCUGAUUUAAGAGUAUCAACACACUUAGAAGGUACUGCAGAGGAAUUGUUUAUGUUGUCAUGCAAAUCUUUGAUCUGUCUAUAUGGAGUAAUAAAUGACAGCUACAUAUGCAACCCAACAACAAGAGAAGUCAGACAUCUGAAAAAGCUGCAUGAGAGAGAUGGAAUUGGGUUUGGAUUCGAUGCAACAAGAAAUCAAUACAAGCUAGUUUUAUUGCAUUUAAAUGGUGAAUCAACAUGGUGCGAGAUUUUUACUCUUGGCACCAAUUCCUGGAGCAGGGCCAAGAAUGAUGACCCGACCAUGCCGCCUACUACCAAAGGAAAAGCCUCGUAUCCUACAACAAUAGGAGAAUCAAUUUAUUGGAUUACCACGCCUAGAAUGCACGUCAUAAGUUUCAAUGUGCAAAGCGGGAAAUUCAAAUGGAUCUGUUUGCCCGUGUAUAUUCAGACCAAAAAGAAACAACUAGAGCAAAAUAUACACAUUAGUUUGGUUCAAGUACUGGGAAGUCUAUCUCUGGUGAAACACAGUGGAGUUGACAAAAGGCUUGAUAUAUGGGUACAGAAAGAAGGUGCUUUCCGCGGUGACGAUGUAUUUCAAUGGACAAGGAAGUAUAGUAUCAAUCUUAGCAAUCUUCCGGAUCAUACUGCACCAGGGUAUCAUGUUACACUGAUAGGCAUUCUAGGUGUGAAGAUUAUAUUGUGGUCGACAUGGAUUGGGUUGGUUUCUUACGAUCCAAGGACCCAAGUGUUUGAAAGUGUCUAUCAACCUUCAGGCUGGAAUCAGGCGCUUGUUUAUGAGAAAAGCUCAACUCCUUUAUUAGAUCGUAUAUUAAGGGGAUGUUGAACAAGAAGUUGUUUAGUGCAUCAACCAAAUUCGGGUUAGCUUAAUUACCUUGAUUAUUAUUUUUUUCCCUUCUUUGUAUUGAGGCCUCCAUUUUUAUUGGAAUGAGCAAAGUCAAUU